AUGAUAAACUCUACACAGUUUUCAUAUUUCACACUUUCUGCCUACUUUGACACCGGGCUGUUACAAUACUUAUGUUUCCUGUGUGUUCUGUGUUUAUAUUUUUUUAUUGUUCAUUUGUGAUAUUCUGUAUGAAACAGAAGGCUACAUGAACCUAUGGUUGUCACAUGCUCUCGGUUCAGAUUCUCUGACAUUCACACUGUUUCUGUUUCAUUUUGUUUCCUGCUGUACUCAUAUGCAGGUGUCGAAUUUUUCAGCUUAGCUGCCAUGUCUUUUGAUAGAUACCUUGCUAUCUGUUGCCCUUUACAAUAUAACACACAUAUGACAUCUAACAAAGUUUUCAUUAUAAUUGCUCUCAUAUGGUUCCUCAUAUUUCUUGUAAAUUUAGUUGGACUCUUUUUGAUUGUUCCUUUACAGCUGUGUGGGAACAUCAUUAACAAAGUGUACUGUGAUAACCACUCUAUUGUGAAACUGGCCUGCUACGACACCACAGUCAAUACUGUCUACGGACUGUUUGUUAGUGCCUUCUCAGUCUUUGGCCCUCUCAUUUUAAUUCUUUACACUUACAUAAAAAUUCUCAGUGUUUGUUUUUCUGGUUCUAAACAAAAAGCCAUCAGUACCUGCACCCCUCACCUCGCUUCCCUGCUGAACUUUUCUUUUGGAGUUUGUUUUGAAAUAUUACAGAGCAGGUUUAAUAUGAACAGUGUUCCAAAUGUGUUGCGCAUUUUUUUGUCGUUAUACUUUCUAACAUGUCCACCGCUCUUCAACCCUGUAAUGUAUGGACUGAAUCUGUCCAAAAUCCGUCAGCCCACAGCAGGACAGGUGGACAGACUGGCAGCACUAAGACAGGUAUGGAAACUCAGCUGCGAUGACUUAGAACCCGAGCAGCAGGAGGAGCUGUGGCAGGUGUUGGUGGAAUUUAAGGACAUUUUUGCACUGACAGAAGAGGAAGUGGGCCUGACACAUCAGGUGCAGCACGAAAUCGACACUCAGGAUGCACGGCCCAUCAAGACAUGCCCCCGCCGCCUUCUCCUGGCGCAUCAGGCAGCUGCGGACAGCACGAUUGUUGAGAUGCUGAUGGCUGGCAUCAUCAAGCCCUCUGACAGCCCCUGGGCCUCGGGGGUUGUGAUGGUCAAUAACAAGAAAAGUCCAAAGACCUACGCAGCGGGUAUUGGCAGGUGCCCCUCAGCCCUGAAGCCAGACCGAAGACAGCUUUCUGUAGCGUCGGGGUUGUGGCAGUUUCGAGUCCUCUGCUUUGGCCUGUGCAACGCGCCGGUCACCUCCUUCCAGGCAGCCUUGGGGGCCCUGCGGCGGGUUCUACAGAGGACAGUAGCGGCGGGUCUGAAGCUCCACCCUGACAAGUGCUGCUUCAGUUUCUGGGACACAGAGUUGGGGGAGAGGGCAUCAGCACGUUUGAGGAAAAAGUGCGGGCAGUGA